AUGGCUCAGGAUUACAUUAGAGAAAUAUGGCAAAAAUUUGCUUCAUACUUCGAGCCACAAAAACCACCUGACAACUGUAGUGUGGCGUUCGCUAGCUUGGGUGACGCCGUAUAUGCGCUGACAGAAUCGCCAAAGAUGAUAAGAGUCGACAUCGACACUCUUGACAAUAUUGAAAAGGUAGAUAUUCGAGACCACCUUAAGGUGAGUCUUCACACCUAUUCGGCUCAUUUUCAAUCCGAUGCAGAUGGGAAUCUUUACAAUAUUGGUAGCAUGUUCGGUGCAUCAUCGAAAUAUGUCUUCGCUAAAACAACAAAUCCCUCAAAAGGAGGCGCGAAUGGCCAUAGUUUUGAAAACACCGAGCUAAUCGGCAUGGUAUCGGCCACAGAUUCUUGGGCACCAGGAUAUUAUCAUUCAUUUGGUAUCACUGAGAACUACUUUGUACUAUUCGAGAGCCCUGAAAGACUGAACUUGAAGAAGCUAAUGUUCAAGUAAGU